GCGUCGCUGCCUCGCACCAUGCCUCGCAUGCUUCGCACGUUUGUAAGACUCAAAAUUUAGUAAAUUUUGUCGGUUCUCUCUCUUCGGUACAGAUGUAGUAGUGUCCCCCCAGCAACAAACAUGAGCAAGAUUAUUUGCGCUGGAGUAUCCAAGACGGGUACCACAUCGUUAGCACAGGCGUUACGAAUCCUAGUAUUAGGAUAAAACAUAUGACGACAGGGAACAAAUGACGUUGUUCCUAGAUGAGUGGGAUGACAUGUUUACGAAUGGAAAAAAGCCYGACUUUCAUGCCAUGUUCAAAGAUGUCGAUGCCGUUACAGACACYCCAGCAUCUAUCGUUUUUGAAGAUAUUUACGAUUGUUUCCCCGAUGCUAAAGUGAUUCUAACGGUUCGUGACAACGAACAAGUAUGGGCUAAAAGCUUCAGUGAGCACUUAACAUUGACUCAGUCUUGGUUGUUUGCGAUUUAUACCAAUCUGUUUUAUCGAAAGAGACAUCACUCGUGUUUCGUCACAUCGACACGAUGCCAGUGGCAUAACCAACGUGUCGAGCAAGUCAUUCCCAAAGACAAACUGUUGGUUUUUAAUAUCAAACAAGGAUGAAAACCGCUUUGUGAGUUUCUUGGUCGAGAGGUCCCAGACGAGCCGUUCCCUCGAGCAACUGUUAGGGGACAAAGCCUUAAGAACUUUCAGGGUGAUGCCUUGAAGAAGAUUCUGCUGUUUAUUGCCUUCCUUGUUUUUGUUGCUUCUAUUGCAUUAUUGUUUAUCAAGCUCUAGAAUAUAUAUGCGUGACUAAUGUAUUCUGAAUUGAAAAAAUACGUUUACACUUAGCAACCUUCAAGCAGUGUAAGAGUUCGGACUACUUUACAUUAGACAUUUAAAAAUUGCAGCUAGGAAGAGUCAUAAUAAAAACUAAACAAGAGUAUUUUUUCACUAGCUUAAGUUUUUAAUGAGAACGCAGACGUUUCGGUCAGAACUCUGACCUUCCUCAGUGCGUUGUAACAAAUGGUUUGCACGCGUAAGUUAACAGAUCUUUGAAGACCAGAAUAAAACACAGGUAGCCCAAGCACUGCACUUGCCGGCUUUUCUCUGAAGGUCUUGUGGGGAAAAACGAAAAAUUCAAUAAAAGUAGGAAAUCUUAAUAAAAUGAAUUCAAACUCACCCAAUAUGUUGUUCUUAAUUUAUUACACAUCUAUGCGAAGUUUCAGCUCACUGCAGUAAAAAAACCUUAUUCUGGUCUUCAAAGAUCUGUUAACUUACGCGUGCAAACCAUUUGUUACAACGCACUGAGGAAGGUCAGAGUUCUGACCGAAACAGCUGCGUUCUCAUUAAAAACUUGAGCUAGUGAAAAAAUACUCUUGUUUAGUUUUUAUUACAUUAGACAUCUUAGUUAUAAAAUUUCUCGACACUAGUAAAACAGUAUAAUUAUAGUAUMUCAUGCUUCUAAUAGGGCCAGUUUUAUUCUAACAUUUGUCUGAAAUUUCAAGUUUGUAUUAGAAAAACGUAGACACAUC